AUGUGUGUGCUCAUUAUACCCUUUCCCUCCAAUCUUGCAAUUCACGGCCCCGUCCGACGUUUGUUGGCCAAGGCUGCAGGAGCAGCUGAAGAGCAAAAGGUGAAGAUAAACAGUGACACCAAGAAAGAGGACAAGAAUGGGAGUUGCUCUGCUGCUGGGAUUGCAUUGGCCGAUGGGCCAAAACUGGGUACCCCCCCGGAGAAGCUAGGAAAGCAUUUGCUUCAGUUUGUGUUACCAUGCCCACAGCUAAGAUCUGUCGCAGAUGAAGCUCUAUCAUUUGUUGUGUUUUAA